AUGAAUCCGUUUUCUCAAUCCCGUCGUUGUAGCUGUGAUGCACAUCUCCUUCAUUAUUGUAGUACGUCUCAGCAGAAGUCCAAACCCUUCAGCGCAUGCCGUUAUGCUUGUGGUGGUUUCAGCCACGCAUCCGAGCACAUGGCUAGUGUCAGGAAAAACAUAACAGGAAGUCUUAAUCGUGAGUAGUUUCACGUGCUGAUUUCCUUAUCAUGCUAGUGAUAGGUUCACUUAGAAAUUACUGUGGUUUGUUGUAAACCUUGACUUCAUAGGAAUCGAAAAUCUUACGAUUUCGAGUUUACUCUCUAGUAACAAAACCGUUGGCAGGUUCUAAGGUCAUUUUCUUGCGAGAACUUGGCUUGGGAAUUGUGAGAACCAGCCGUGAAGAAGAAAACGACUUUAACGUUUGACGUCAUACCGACUCAUUAUUUAUGCUCUCAACUGAGCGCGUUUUAUACGACAAAUGACUUCAAUCAAGUUUUCGAUAAAAUGUCGUCAAACAACCAUUAUAACUGCGACAUAAUGUUGGAGACAGUAACUUAUUUGACAAAUUGAAUGUUUCAUGACAGUACAUGACGCAAACUGCUCAUUUCUAUGAAAAUAUAGAAAAAAACCUAAUGGAAGUAACCAAGAUCCUUUACAGGACAGGAUAAAACUAUAUAUAGUAACAACUAACAAACCAACCUAAAACAGACAGUUUGUGGCACUGAUUCGAGAAAUUUCUCUUCGGACUGUGGUAAGUUGCAAAAACGCAGCGGCUCGGGCUUAAAUGACUCUGAGUGGGGUCAAAAACAUCAUUAUAUAUCUUCGAACUGAAAUUGUAUUGUGUCAUGAUUUUUGUAACUUAGAAGGCAUAAUAUUACCGUGUUACGUAAGAGGUGAGGAAGUGCAUUCGAAAAUACAAGCCGUACAAAGAAGUUCAGUAACUGUGAAGGUACUUCUUGCCAUUGAAACACCAUUUAUCUUUGAACAGAAUUGUUCUUACUACAUGUCACCUCUUCAACUCGAACCCUCACGGAAUGUUAGAAAAUAUAUUCAGAAAGAACGAUUAAGAGGGUCGCAAUGGGGUGAUGGCUUUCAUUCAUGGCUAACGGUUAAAAUGUUUGCCAUCUUACGGCUUACGAUAAAUAACAUUCCAUUGUUGAAAUAAGAAUUUUUUUCUUCGGUUACCUUUUCUUACGACUAUGGGUUAAAGUUUGCCAAUUUCUACGCUUAACGGCUAAAUGUUUCAGCCGGUUUACGGCCAUCGGUUUACCCCAUCGAGACCCGCCAAAAGCUCUCGAAAAAAAACGUGCUCAAAUCACGAUCAGAGAGUGAACUCGCUUCAGGGCAUAAUGAAACGGGAAAUUGAACUCGUUUCAGCGUAAUAACUAAUAAAGUCAAGGAAUAAUUUUUAUUUUAAUUUUGAUAAUUUUAGCGACAAGUUCUCAAAUGAGACCAGCGGUCCAUCAAACUUCAGCUGACUCAGCUUUUUUUCUCCGACCACACUUGACCAAAGAAGAGUACGCAUAUUGGACAAGUCACUUUCGCCACUUUAUACAUUCAUGCGACAAGAGGACUGUUACCUAUCAACAAAGGGAGCCUUCUUGCUGCGUCCGUCGGACUGUCAAAGGAUUACCGUGCCUAAGUGAAAGAACUCCGCAUCCAUGCUGUGAUCCUACGGUUCUUGGUGACAGAACUUGUGUUAGGCCGCAACAAAGUACAGUAGAAAUUGUUUCGAAGCCUCAAAGGAAUAAAGUGGAAGCUGUUGGUGGGAAAAACACCGUCGACGCACGGGCAUACAGUUAUCCUCGUCCAAAGUACGCUGCUUCUGUCCUAGAAAACGGCAAACAACUUCAAACCAUAUCGAAAGAAAAUGCAUGUGACAAGAAGCAAUCUCUCUUCAAACGCACUGUUCCUUCUCUCCGCUGCACGAAAGGUUACCAUUCAGAUGACGCUCCCGACCGUGGCAAUCAUGGCGCAAACCAGCAAUUUAAGGCAGCAGAGUUACGGAGAAAGAUAAGUGAACGGUAUCUAUGCGGAGACCAAAGCUAUGAAGAUAACCCAUCAGCUCUGACUACAUCGAAACGUGCUGAGAAAUUCCAAACUAGAUCUACUGAACCCUAUAAUUCUACUGGUACGUAUGCUAUGUCUUCAGAACUGAAUUCAUCUUUGAAGAGAAAAUCCAGCAACUUUUCAGAAUAUGACAACCUACAUCAAGGAACACUCAAGAAGCAACGAGUUGGCAAGGAUGCAACCCACCAAAUACAAAAGACAUCAAGUAAAACCAUAGAUUUGAAUGACACUUUAGAAAGCUUUCUGACAGAUUCUCUGCCAUUUCUCGGCAGUUUCGGCGAAGAAGUAAGUCUGAAGAAGAGUGAAGCUCUCGAAAUAUCUAGUCUGUCUGGGAUGGCAGAAGAAACUGUUCAUGGUGACCAGCGCAUUGGAGAAAAAUCCACUCCCAUUAAUUUUGACGGCAACCACCACCACAAAACUAGAGAUGCUACAGGUGAACUAUCAUCGACUAUUUCCACCGAUGAUGUUCCAGUGAAAUCACAAGUUUUACGCGCGGAGAAGGUGAUUCCCAAAAAGUGCAAAAAUGUCGACGCAGUCAUCAAAAUAACCAAGCCUGUGCAGCGAAAGUUACUGAGAGAUAACGAAUCCUCUCUUCAUGGUAGUUAUGCUCUGGAUUACGAUUGUUUACCCAAACUUGUCAACGUACUCUCCUCACCCACAGCCAAAGUUGCAUCGUCUUUAAAAGCAUAGAACGUUUCCAUCGUAAAAGAAACCUGGAUCACGUCAGGAUAAGAGGCAUAGAGCCUAAACAAAAGAGAAAAUUAGUCAUGAUUAUUUCUUGAUGAAUUAUGAGCUUCUUGUUCUGACUCGAAGGAAAAAAAGGAAAGGUUUUAACCAUGUAUAUAAUUUUUGUCCAGUACUCACCCUUGUUUUGUAUGCGAGUAUGUCCUAUUUAGGUUGGAACAAAAUUUUCGAAAUUUCUAACACUUCGUGGCUGACUGGUCAUAUGAUAAAUUGCAUAUUGAAUGAGUGUGGUCGGGUCGAACGAGAAAAUAUUAAUAGCGCUCUUGGUUAUCACUGCGCUCGGUCCAAACGUAAUGACCGUGAGCCAAAUAUUUUCCUAUCCGGCCCUUUUGAUCAGUCUAUAAAUAAAGUAAUAACUUCCGAGCUACGUGAUUUGCGCGCGCAAAUAAAGGGUCCAGUUUCUAAAGACCGGAUAAGGCUGUUCAACGGGUAAACCACUAUCCAGCAGAUAAGUGUUAACAAAACGUACUGCGGUAUUCACCGGAUAGAGAUUCAUCCGGUAAAUAGCUUCAUCCGUGCUUCGAACAACCGGGGCCAGAGCUAGAAGUAGUAGCUAACGAAUCAUAUACAUACAUUAACACAGCAAAU